GACAGGACCCUGCCACCUAGCCCGGACACCUCCCCUUCUUGCUGCCCACGCUCCUAUAAAAGGGGGUCUGUGUUUCUUUGCCACGCUGUGCGAAGCCGCCAAGCCAGGAACAAGAGCGUCAGGAUCCCGCCUCUGCGCUUUUUAGGAGAGCCGCGCGGUUCAGACUUUCUUUUACUCAUAAGAGCAGUUCUCGAACUUCUUGCAGGAUGACUGCCUGGGACGGGGUGAUGCCCUUUUACCCCCAGCCCAGGCACGCGGCGGGCUUCAGCGUUCCGUUGCUCAUUGUCAUUCUGGUAUUCCUGUGCUUAGCGGGCAGCUUCCUGUUCAUCUUGCCUGGGAUUCGUGGCCACUCGCGAUGGUUCUGGUUGGUGAGAGUUCUUCUUAGUCUCUUCAUCGGUGCAGAAAUUGUGGCUGUGCACUUCAGUGGAGACUGGUUCGUGGGCGCAGUGUGGACCAAUACAUCCUACAAAGCCUUCAGUACAGCGCGUGUUCAAGUCCAUGUCGGUCUGCAUGUGGGACUGGUGGGAGUCAAUAUUACACUCAAAGGAACACCAGUGCAGCAGCUGAACGAGACCAUUAACUACAACGAGCGUUUCACGUGGCGUCUGGACGAAGACUACACCAAGGAGUACGUCGAUGCCCUGGAGAAGGGAUUGCCGGACCCAGUGCUAUACUUGGCCGAGAAGUUCACACCCAGCAGCCCUUGUGGGCUGUACCACCAGUAUCACCUGGCCGGACACUACGCUGCAGCAACGCUGUGGGUGGCGUUCUGCUUCUGGAUCAUCGCCAACGCGCUGCUCUCCAUGCCCGCCCUGCUCUACGGAGGCCUGGCUCUGCUCACCACCAGCGCCUUCACGCUCUUCGCCGUCUUCGCCUUCGCCUCGGUCUCCAGCGUGCCACUCUGCCCCUUCCGCCUGGGCUCCGCCACCCUCACGCCUCACUAUGGCGCCUCUUUUUGGGUCACGCUGGCCACCGGCAUCCUGAGCCUCCUCCUCGGAGCGGCGGUGGUGAUUCUGCACUACACUAGGCCCAGCGCUCUUCGAGCCUUUCUGGAUCAAAGCAGUCAGGCCAAAGGGAGCUCGCCUCUCAUCUUUGAUAACCUGCAACGCAAGCAGUUCGCGACCCCAGACUUAAGUAUUACCACUGUCCUGUGAAGAGAACUUACUCCGGAUUCCUACCCCCUUGGGAUCCCGCAAACCUGGACAAUGUUAAGGGCGCGCCCCAAGAGCACUGCCCACGCAGGAGGACCAGGGGGCGCCCCAGGUGUGCCCUUUGCGCUAGGAAAUGAAUUUCUUCGAAGAGCUGUAAAUAAAUGUUUGCUUGUUUGUUUGUUUUUCAAAA